CCUUGCAGACUUUUGCUCUCUGAGAGUUUGUAAUAAGACACACUCCUCUUACAAGAGUUUAUACUACAACCUAGCAAAGAACUUUAAAUUUGUGGAAGAACAAAAUACUCAUUUUGGCAUUGUGCAGAGCAAAGUGACCUUGGUGGCCUCUCGUCCACCCCUCACAAUGCCAGCACUCUCUGCUAUCAGCAGUGCUCUCCUGGUCUCCCUUCUCUGUGAAGCAAGCACUGUCGUCUUACUCAAUUCCACUGACUCAUCCUCGCCAACCAAUAAUUUCACUGAUAUUGAAGCAACUCUAACAGCACAGCUAGACUCUGCGGACGUCCCCAAAGCCAGGCGGAAGCGCUACAUUUCGCAAAAUGACAUGAUCGCCAUUCUUGACUACCAUAACCAGGUCCGGGGCAAAGUUUUCCCACCGGCAGCAAACAUGGAAUAUAUGGUUUGGGAUGAAAAUCUUGCAAAAUCUGCGGAGGCCUGGGCAGCUACUUGCAUUUGGGACCAUGGACCUUCUUACUUACUGAGAUUUUUGGGCCAAAAUCUAUCUGUACGAACUGGAAGAUAUCGCUCUAUUCUCCAGUUGGUCAAGCCAUGGUACGAUGAAGUGAAAGACUAUGCUUUUCCAUAUCCCCAGGACUGCAACCCCAGAUGCCCUAUGAGAUGUUUUGGCCCCAUGUGCACACAUUACACACAGAUGGUGUGGGCCACCUCCAAUCGGAUAGGAUGUGCAAUUCAUACUUGCCAAAACAUGAAUGUGUGGGGAGCUGUAUGGCAACGUGCAGUUUAUUUGGUAUGCAACUAUGCGCCAAAGGGCAACUGGAUUGGAGAAGCACCAUAUAAAGUAGGGGUACCAUGUUCAGCUUGUCCUCCGAGUUACGGGGGAUCUUGUACUGACAAUCUUUGUUUUCCAGGAGUAACGUCAAACUACCUAUACUGGUUUAAAUAAGCUUAUGUUUGCUUCCAGGAAAUAGACUGGUUUCUGGGAAUCAUAGGUUUAUAUAUAUAUUGAGUUUUGCACAUAUUAUACAUAUUUUAUAAUAAUCUUGUUUUCUUUUUAUUAUUCAUUGUAUAAAUUAGUGUUUGUCUAGUAUGUUUGUUUAAUCUUUUGAGAUAAUCAAAAUAUUCAUUUCUAUUUUCUUACCUCUAAGCCUAAAUUAAAAUAUUGUAUAUGUAGUAUUGACAUAGUUGAUGCAUCCAAUUCCAAAACUUCUUUCCAAAAGAAUUAUGUUCUGUUUCUAGGGAAUAAAAAAUCGAUUUGACUUGUAAUGCAUGUGUGUAUAUAUAUAUAAUGUACACAUUUAUGUGUAUAUGUAUAUACAUACACAAACAUAUAAUCAGUGCUGUAACACAUAGAUAAUCAUGAUUCAGUAGUUAACUUGAGGGAAAUAAGAAAAAAAUUUCUAUUCCAAAAUAUACAUGAGGGGGUAGGGCAUCUUCAGCACUCAUUUUUAUAAUACCCACAAAACGAUCGUUUGCAAAAUAACUCAGUGAUAUCUGGAUGUAAUAAUUUAAUUAAGCCAUCACAGACUUCAUUCUGGAGAUGUUUUAUCUUAUUUGGACUCACAACAGGAUAUGCUCAAACUUACAUACGUUUCAAAUCAUGCCUUUUGCUUAAUCUCUUCUACUGAAUCAGUAAUGGUGUGUUGAGUGCUUACUAUGUGCAAAGCACGCUGGUGGUUCUGUUCUGAUAAUGCAAGGAUAAUGAGGUAUGGUUUCUGCCUUCAAGAAGCUCACGGAAAUAUUCAGGCAAUAAAGCAGCCUAAUGAUUUCACUGUAAAAUGAUGAUUUGUUUUUAAACAAAUUGAUUUCCGUGGUGCUUUGAGGAAGUGAACACGGCCAUGAUGGCCACCUAUCGUUGUAACAGGUGAGCAGCCACGCUGUGUAACAAGUAAGGCUCCCAAUUAGCACGGAAAUUUAGCUACAGUCCUGGGCACUAGAAGAGUCUGGGGAGACUUGACGCUGCUCCAGAACUACUGGGUUAGGGCAGACAGUUGUGAAUUUGGAAAGCAGAAAGCAAGACUCUAAGAAAACUGACGAGGCCCAUGAGGAGUAAGAUUUAAGAGACAGAUAUGAAAAGUCACAGAAAUAGGAUUAUUGUGCAAAACACUAGGUGGAGAGCUUCAGAAGGGCCUCUCUUGAGGGUCUAAUAUAUCGUGAGGCCUGUCAGCAGAAGGUAAGGGAUGCCAGAAGGAGAUACUGAGAUGCUGAGGGCACCUCCAUCUCUUCAUUGUCAUUGUUUGGUGAGAAUCAAUCUACUCAUGAUGGGUCUGUGCACAUCUAUGAAAGACCCUGCGUGCACACCCCAGACGGUUACGGUUCGUUAAAGUAGCCUCUUUGCAACAUUGUCUAAGGAUUAGGUACCAAAUUGUAUUUCUAUGUCUAUGUAGAAGAACAAUUUUCAGUUCUCAAUUAAGUUUGAAUGUGGAAAUCAAAGUGACUAUGAAAAUUUCACUCAUGUUAUUUUGGAAUUGCAAGGUUUCCUCAUUCAGGAAAUCUCUUUCAGAGAGAACUCAAUUAUCUGGGUCAAGACAUUUCAUAGGAUACAUUUUGUGUGCGUGCGUGCGUGCGUGCGUGCGUGCGUGAGAGAGAGAGAGAGAGAGAGAGAGAGAGAGAGAGAAUAGAGAUAGAUAUUCAGGUUAUGUAAUAAUUCCAUCCAAUUACAGAAUAAGUAAACAUGGUUAGCUCCAGAGUGCAAAUAACAGAAGGAAGCUACUUGUUUAAAAUUCCCUACACAUUUGCUACUUGUUUAAAAUUCCCUACACAGUUUCUUAGGGUGGAUGCAUUGAAAGAUGACAGAUAGUUAAUGAAAUCCAUUCAAUCUGGGAGUAAUUGUGCAUCUGGAGUUUAGGUUUACAUGAUGACAAUCGAUUGGCCUGAUCUCCUUACAAAUUGAAUAUGGUGACCAAAUGUUUUGAUAUCAUGCCACUCUGCUUUUCUGGGCACAUAUAUAGACUUUAUUAGAAAUAAAUAUUUUUGGAGCCUCAAAUGAAGAACAGAAAUAAUUAUAUGAUUCAGGCCCCAAUCCAACUUUUAUCUAACAUACAACAGGCAACUGGAGAGAAAUCUCAUUAGUAGGAUGUCUGCUUGAUUUAUCUAGAAAGUAUUCCCAAUCUUGACUUUGCUAUACUAGUUCUACAGAAGUAGCAAAAGUACUAUUAAACCAAAGGUGAUUAUUGUUAGUUCUAGUUCUGUUGCUGGCUUACUCUUGUGGCUUGGUUUUUCAGUUUUAGAAAAGAAUUAUAUUUGCUACGUAUUUCACAGAGAGUCCUAAGAAGGUAAAAUUACCAUAUUAGUAGAAGUUAUAUUAAAAUUAUCAUUAAUAUGAAACUUAUUUAAGAUAAAAUUAAGUUUUUCAUGAGCUCCUUUUUGGCAGAAACUCGAUAUUCUUUGUGUUUAUCCCAGCUUCGCACAAAAUGACUUAAAAUGUAAUGAAUGUUUAUAUGAAUGGAUUUUUAGAAUUAACUAAAAAGUCUAGAAUUGCAACAAUGUAGAGGAAUCCCAUCUUACCAUGUUGUGUGAAGACAAAAAUAUCUUAACUACAAAGCUUUGAAUGCAUCAAAAAUCCAGUUACUCAUCACACAUAUCAGAUUAAGUCUAAGGUCUACAAACUUACCAUUUACAAACGGUUCGUUCCAAUCACAACUAGAACUGUAAGUUUAUUUAUAAUUUAACAACAACUCAGCUGAAAACAUAACGGGUAUAUUUGUUAUUCUAUCUGUAUUUUUUAAAGUUGAUAAUAGAAUGUGGCCAUGUGAAAUGCUUUAUUUCCUAGGCGAAAGCAAAUGAAAGUUUGCUCGUAUCCCCACAGCACGUCAUAUUUUUCACAGCAUGCCACAAUGGUGCUAGCAUCGCUAUUUCUCACUGUAAUUCCCAGACGCAGAAAGGGUCUGGACUAAGCUAUUUCAUAAGAGCAGCUUUAACUCGUCAGUAUUGAGGUUUUCAUUUCAAAAGGUUUCAUUCAAAACAAAUAGUAAUGGACAUACAUAUUCUACAGCACGGAUCUUCUCUAUGGUAUUGAUUUCUCAGACCACCCUUUAUUCAGUAGAAAAAUUAAAAAAAAAAAGAAGAAGAAGUCUGUCACAGAUAGAUUUUUUUUGGCUUUCGUAUCAUCAAAAGACUGGAAAAAUCACAAUUUUAGCUGUUACACUGAUGGAUUUCUUUAUAGAAUUGUAGUUGAGUUGUGUGGGCACAGUCUUGAUAUUCUCAGUUAUGACAGCUGAGCUCGCUGCUAAAAUGUGGCAGAAGCAAUUAUUAUUAUCUUUUUUGCUUCUGUUCAGUCGUCUAAAUAUCAUUACUCUGUGGCCCAUCACAGCGUCCCCACCAACUUCAUUUGGCAGUGCUGUAAUGUUCCCUUGAAACCAUGGAAACGUUCAUUUAUUUGAAAACUCCAUGCAGCUUUGGCACAGAGUUCACCAAAUGCUAGGGCCCGUUCAACCAAUACUAUGUACUCAGAAUAUUUGAAUUGAAACU